AUGACUGAUGGGACCCAGUGUGAUCAGUUCUCCACGGGGCCCAAGGGGCUACAUAGCCAUGGGUGGGAGGUGACUGAGAAGGAGGUGGGCUACACAGCUGGCAUCCACAUUACCAUGCUGCUGGCCAAGCCGUUGCUCACGGCCAGCUCGUCCUUGGUCACGGAGCAUAAAGGGCCACUGAAUCUGCUGUGUGAGACCUCGGACACCAUGGUCACCAUCCACUGGCUCUUCCACGACCGCCCCUUGAUGCUGGGAAGUCACAUGAAUCUGUCAGCCGAUAACAAGAGCCUCACACUCAUAACCGUGCUGCGCACAGACUUCGGCCCUUACCAAUGUGAAGCCCGCAGCGGGGGUCAGUCCGAGAAGAGCAACCUCUGUAACAUUGCAGUCAACUAUGGCCCCGACCCUUUUACAAUCACGGUGGACAUGAGGAAAGCCAACCAAAAGGUGCAGGAGAUACCUAGGGGUGCCCAUGUGACCUUCUCCGUGCUCAUUCAGUCCUACCCGAUCCCGAAUUACACUUGGACUGUCCCCAAUAGCGUAGAACAGCCGCGUAACACCAACACAUUCUCCAUCUCCCGCAUGACCAAGGAACACAGCGGCACCUACAAAUGUGUAGUCACCAACCUUGCCACUCAGCAGACCCAGAUGGACACCCUGGAAAUCCAGGUGCUGGAGCAACUGACCCCACUGUCCAUCACGGUGUCCAGUGACUUCCUGAUGGAGAGCGAGACUCGCCCACCCGUGAACCUGAUCUGCAGGACGAACCACACGGGCGUGAGUGUCCGCUGGCUCCUGCAGGGCCAACCCCUGCAGCCCAGUGGGCGCCUGGUGCUGUCGGCUGACAACUGCACCCUGGCCAUAUUCCGGCUCCAGCGCACGGACACAGGGCCCUACCAGUGCCUGGUGUGGGGCAGUAUUGGCGAGGCCCGCAGUGAGCCUGUCCUCCUGAACAUCUACUACGGCCCUGACAAGCUGAACAUCAGCAGCAGCACACAGAACAUGCCCGGCCCCAUCUUCGAGGCUGCCCUGGGCUCCUACCUGAUCCUGAACUGCCAAGCGGACGCCCACCCCAGCCCUCAGUAUCGCUGGACCUCCAGGAAUCGGACAUUCAAUACCAACCGGCUCAUCUUUGUGGCCCUAUCGUGGGAGGAUGAGGGGGUGCAUACGUGCACGGCCUCAAACCCUCAGACUGGCAAGAGCAGCUCCACACUGGUGGUGCUCAGACUGUGGGAUCCCUCCCUGGCCCUGUCUGCAGGAGCCAUCGCUGGCAUCGUCUUGGGGGUCGUGGCCGCUAUUGCCAUUGCCCUGGGCUUGCUGUACUUCUUCUACUUCAGAAGAGGUCCCACAUAUUUGUCUUCAAGGUUCCUUUUCAUCGUGGACUGA